AUGUCGUCCAGCGGAUCUGAAAACAAGAUGCCACCAGCUCGCAUGACAACGCAGCAAUCCUCAGACGAAGAAAAGAACAUCUCCAUCGUCAAAGAAUACAUGCGAAUUGCCUACUCGCCCUCUGAAAACAAAGGCCGCAAGUCUGUCGAACACCUCUGUGCAGAUGAUGCCUGGUUCUGGGCUCCUACCACUUUCCCCGGCGUCAAAUCACCCCAGGAUUAUGCAGAGAGUCAUUCACAUGUCAUGGCUAGUAUCGCAGACCUUCACAUUGUUUGCUACGAUCAAGUGUUUGCCAAAGAUGGACAUGUGCUUUUGAGAUAUACGGCUGAGGGCAGCCAUUGCGGUGAGCCUCAUAAUGGGAUUGAGAAGACUGGGAACAAGGCCAAGUGGAGUGCGGCAGCUAUCUUUGAGGUUGAGGAUGGCAAGGUCAAGAGCUUUACUAAGGACUGGGAUAAGCUGCAUAUGUGGAAAGUCCAGNNGCAACUUGGAUGGAUGAAGGGGGAUGAGUAUGUCUAG